GCUAGUGACGUCAUCGGCGCGCGCCGCGCUCGGUCUGCGACCAUAACAACGCCUGAUAACGCUCACUGUUAUUGAUUUCAUUGAUAGCGCAAUAUUGAUCGGAAUUUAUUCGCACUGCCUUUAAGAUCCCGCACACGUCGUCCCUGAGAGCGACACACGCGUGCAGAUUAGAAGAGUACAUCCACACUGCCGGGAAUUCCAGCGUCUGCGUGUCGAUGGAGGAGUCCUAAACACAGAACGGGUGGAGAGGACCCCGGGAGGAAUGGGGUAGCGUUCUCGAUGAGGGUCCCGGCAGCAAACAGCUCCGUUAGGGCAGAGUCAGGCUCGGGUGAGAUGCCUGAGAAUGGACGCUCCAGGAGGAAACGGGUGCCGAAGACGUGUGACUGCUGCGGGCCCAACGGCAGGCCCCACGCGCUGAAGAAACGCGGCCGCAAGAAGAAAGAGAUGCUGAGCCAAGAAGAAGAAGUGGCAGCGGAGGAGGUGGUGAGCUCGGCGGCAGUGGACUCGGUGGUAACUUUGGAAGCGGACGCAGCUUCUGAGAUGGAGGAGGCACCGUCUCCUAAAGGGAGGACUGAGGGUGGGAGUGAAAGCACCGUCCUGGUGAACGGCUUGGAGAACAGCAUUCAUGCCAACUGUACACAUCCCUGUGACAACACAGAGCUGAAUGACUUAACAAAGAAACCCGCCGAUUCAGAGCCGGACGUUUGCACUCACACUGAUGCCAUGGAAGCCGAGCCGUCCAGCUUGAGCACUAAUGUAAACAAGGCCUCCUGGGACCAUCACUACUGCAAGCCCCUCGCUGGGGAAAACCAGAACCACUCCAGGGAGGAGACGGGCCAGCCGUCUGCAUCGCCUCCUCUCGAGUUUACAACUGAGGGCAUCAUCGAGUGGAUUCAUGAAUUCCUCGAGCAGUUCUAUGGGAAAUACGGAAGCUUCACCCCAUUAAGUGAUACCGACGUCCUCGAUCACCUAAAUAAGACAUUUCAGUCUGAUCUAAAUGACAGGAUGAAGCUGAUAACAGCAGAAGUGGCCAAGUACAGGGCUGGUCUGGCCUGUGCUCCUAUGCAUUUCUUCCAAGUGACCUACAACAAGCACACUUUGACCUUAGAGGACCUUUCAACACUUGAUGACCAAAACUGGGUCAAUGAUCAGGUGAUUAACAUGUAUGGAGAAUUGAUCAUGGAAGCUACAAAUCAUAAGGUUCAUUUCUUCAACAGUUUUUUUUACCGACAGUUUGUAGCAAAAGGUUAUGAAGGAGUGAGACGAUGGACCAAAAAGGUUGAUCUGUUUUCUAAGACACUGAUCCUGAUUCCUCUGCACCUGGAGAUCCACUGGUCGCUCAUAACCCUGGACGUCUCCAAGCAAAGCAUCAACAUCUUCGACUCCCAGGGCAUGCUGUUCAAGUUCGCUGUGGAUAACAUCCUGAAGUACAUCCUGGCAGAAGCCAAGGAGAAGAAACAAGCCGUGUUUCAGAAGGGCUGGAAGAUGGUCAUCAACAGGACCAUUCCACAGCAGAAGAACGACAAUGACUGCGGGGUUUUUGUCUUGGAGUACUGCAAGUGCCUGGCGUUCAUGAAGCCGCUGCUCUUCACUCAAGAAGACAUGCCUUGUGUCCGCAAGAGGAUCUACAGAGAGCUGUGUGACUGCAGACUGUCCGGCUGUCUAAACCAAGACAAAGCCUCGUAGACUGGUGUCUGGAUGAUGAACGCAACAGGAGGGAAAGGACUUCACAGCAGGACAAAGAAACCCAAAGUUCUGGUCAGGCAAAGCUGGAAGGUCCCAAUAUAAGAGCCUGUCGGUUUGCUGGAGUUCUUCAGGUCACGUUUACCUCCUCGCAUUACAUCGGCGGCUCAGAAAGGCCUUUUCCCAGCAUCCUCAACCUCGAAUUUAACGAAGCCUGCAACGACCUCUCAGAGAACCAGGUGGCUGUUCAGAAACAAGCGAGAAAAUCCUCAGCUGUGGAGACCUUUUUCCGUUUUCCACAGAUUCAAAACCUCACGCACGUGUGGAUAUUUUUUUUUAACUUAUUUUAUUUUAAAUUUUAUUUUUUUGCAUCUUGUAACACAGCCAUAACACAGAUUAUGUGUUUCUAUCAGGUUUCUUUUCGUAAAGAACACAGUUUUUGCUUUGCAGCAUGAAACGUGAAGGACUUAUUAUAAAUGUCACGCCAUUGUUGAGGUACAAGAAGCAUUUAUAAAGGCUUUUAAUGAAUGUACUGUCAAAGACCAGAAUUAUACUUGUACAGUCAAGCUUGUAACUUGAAAGCAAAUCUUGUGGCGAUACCCUUAAAGUCCUGGACCAGAUUGCUUUGUUAACAUUUAUAUGUUCCCAGAUGUUUCUAAUGAAAAAGCCGCGGGAUUGAUGCUCAACAUCAGGCUGCCUGCUGUAAACCGCCAGCAUUAUUUGGCCAUUCUGCCGUUCUCUCACUUCUGAGCACUUUCCGUUGUUGUUCCUCGAAUGCGUCAGCAGUUAAAAUGAUUUUGUAGCAUGUAGAUUUGUCAUUAAUGGAAGUCAGUUAAAGGUCAUU